AUGACAACAAAGAUUAUUUAUUUCAUGGUUAAUGGGAGACAAGAGAAAGCAGAGUUUCGAAUAGAUUCCCCCGUUGCAGAUGUCAAAGAUCUGUUCCGAGCGGCGGCGGAGGCAGGGCCUCAUGACAUCCUGAAGAUGUACAACACCAAGGGGAGCGUGGUGAACAUCUCCUCCCGCCUGGAGGCCAACGACGCGGGCUCCUCUUACAGGCUGGAGGUGGUGGCAUCGGACCAAAGUGCUGGCUUGGCCAUCCCAACAGAGCUGGACAGUGUGGAGAACAGGCUGCGUCAUCUGGAGAGAAGGGCUCUGGAGGACGCCGGCAAGACACCAGACAUCGUCUGGGAGCUGAAGAGCCAAGUGGAGACGUUUAAGAGGAAACUGGAGAAUGUGGAGCAUCUGAGCUGGCUUGGCCUGUUUAAAGACAAGAACAAGCAGGACAAGUUCUCCCCAAAAACCCCGCGGACGGAUCAGAGCACACACGAGGAGCACGAGCAGGUCCGCAGGAAGUUCCUCCACAUGAGCUCUCUGCAGGUUUCAGAAGAAGUGAGGGAACAUCUCAAAACUCCCAUUUUCGACAACUGGCAAUGGGAGGAGUCGGAGAUGAUGGUGCUGCUGCAGGUGAUGUACACUGACCUAGACUUCCUCGCGGCGUUCCACAUCGAGCUGGAAGUCCUCCAGAACUUCCUGUUUGAGGUCUACUGCCACUACAACAACAUUCCCUUCCACAACUUCCAGCACUGCUUCUGUGUCACGCAGAUGAUGUAUGGGCUGAUCUGGCUGACGGAUCUCAGGGACAAGUUUGAGAAGAUCGACCUGUUCAUCAUGUUGACGUCGGCGCUGUGCCACGACCUGGACCACCCCGGCUACAACAACGUCUACCAGAUAAAUGCUCAGACUGACUUGGCGCUUCGCUAUAACGACAUCUCCCCGCUGGAGAACCACCACUGCGCCGUCGCCUUCGGGAUCCUCUCCAAGCCUGAAUGCAACAUACUGAAAAACCUGACCGGCGAGCAGUACAAACAAAUACGAGGAGGCAUCAUCAAGUGCAUUCUGGCUACAGACAUGGCGAGACACAACGAAAUCUUGAGCAAGUUCAAAGUCAUGCUGCCAGUGUUCAACUUCAAAAACAAGGAGCACAAAGAAGUGCUGAUGAAGAUCAUGGUGAAGGUCAGCGACAUCUCCAACGAGGCGCGGCCCAUGGCUGUCGCCGAGCCGUGGUUGGACUGUCUUCUCCAGGAGUUCUUCAACCAGAGCGACACGGAGAAAUUGAAGGGUCUUCCCGUGACCUCCUUCAUGGACAGAGACAAGGUGUCCAAACCUUCAUCGCAGACCAACUUCAUCCGUUUCGUGCUUCUUCCUCUCUUCAUGGAGCUCACAAAACUCUUCCCUUGUCUGGAGCAACAUAUUCUAGAGCCGGUGCGGCGGGCGUUGGAGUAUUACUCUGAGAUGGAGAAAGCCGCUCAGGAGGCCGGAGAGACCAAACCCUGA